AACCACAAUGAGUGACAUUCGCCAUUCCUUGAUCCGCCGAGACGCAUUAAGCGCAGCUAAGGAAGUGUUAUAUCAUUUGGACAUUUAUUUUAGUAGUCAGCUCCAAAAUGCACCUCUUCCUAUUGUGGACAAAGGUCCCAUUGAACUUUUGGAAGAAUUCAUAUUUCAGGUUCCAAAGGAGCGCAAUUCUCAACCUAAGAGGCUAAAUUCACUUCAGGAGCUUCAACUUCUUGAAAUCAUGUGCAAUUAUUUCCAGGAGCAAGCCAAGGAUUCUGUGCGUCAGAUUAUUUUCUCAUCCCUUUUCAGUCCUCAAGGGAACAAAGCAGAUGAUAGCCGAAUGGUCUUACUAGGAAAGUUGGUCUCAAUGGCAGUGGCAGUGUGUCGGAUUCCUGUGUUAGAAUGUGCUGCAUCCUGGCUACAGCGUACACCUGCGGGCUACUGUGUGAGGUUAGCAAAGGCCUUAGUUGAUGACUACUGUAGUUUGGUGCCAGGAUCCAUUCAGACAUUGAAACAGAUAUUCAGUGCCAGUCCUCGCUUCUGCUGCCAGUUUAUUACAGCUGUUACUGCACUAUAUGACCUUUCCUCAGAUGAUCUAAUUCCACCUUUGGAUUUGCUUGAGGUAAUCGUCAACUGGAUCUUUGAGGAUCCCCGUUUGAUACUCAUUACCUUUUUAAAUACCCCAAUUGCAGCCAAUCUCCCAAUUGGAUUUUUAGAGCUAACCCCACUCACAGGACUGAUUCGCUGGUGUGUGAAGGCACCUCUUGCUUACAAGAGAAAAAAGAAGACCACAUUACCAAAUGGCCACAUGAACAAUAAAAUUACCAAGGAAUCUGUAGCAGGAAUCGACAGGGACUUCCACCUUUUAUACUCAAAACUGCAUCUAAGUGUUCUGCAGGUUCUAAUGAUGCUUCAGGUGCAUUUAACAGAGAAGAAUUUAUAUGGACGGCUGGGCCUGGUCCUGUUUGAUCACAUGGUUCCCCUGGUUGAAGAGAUUAAUAGAUUAUCUGAUGAACUAAAUCCACUCAAUGCCUCCAAAGAAAUUGAGCUGUCUCUUGACCGCCUGGCUCAGGCUCUACAGGUGGCCAUGGCAUCUGGAGCCUUGCUGUGCACUAGAGAUGACUUGAGAACGUUAUGUUCCAGGCUGCCACAUAACAACCUGCUUCAGCUCGUGAUCUCAGGCCCAGUGCAACAAUCAACCCAUACUGCACUGCCACCAGGAUUUUAUCCUCACAUUCAUACUCCUCCACUGGGUUAUCCUGCACAUGCUGCACACCCUGCACACCCUGCACUCCCUGCACACCCAGCUCAUCCUGCACUCCCAGCCCAUCCUGUACAGACGUUUAUUCCAGGCAUGACUUUUCCAUACAGGCCCAUCCGUUAAAUGACCUCUAACUUCAAAUGAAUCACAAAUCCAUUUUUCUUUACAUGAUGGAUUUGAGCGAAAGCCUUACAGAGAAGAGGAUUAUUGCUUCAGUCUAUUUUAAAAACAAGACCUUUUAGAAAAAAAUUCUCUUCAUCUCCAACAGAACUAUACAGAUCUAUAAGAUUUGAUAUUCUUUCAAGAUAGCAGUAGAAUGGGCACUAGGAAGAAACAGAUGGUUCACCAUAUUAGCCCUAAACUUGGACACAUUCUUUAAAAUUCAAACUGAAUGGAUGAAGGAAAAAAUUAUGGCCCCUCUGCAAAGUGAUUUUUCAGGUUUUAUUUUCUUUUUUUAGUUUACAAGUCCUGUGAACCUGUUGUUAAUGAACAGCACCAUUGUAUUCACUUGUCAAUGUGUAAUUUCAGUGACACACAGCUGUCUGAGCCUAUAAUGAAAAGUGAUUGGUUUUUUCCCUUUACUGAGCCUUUUCAGAAAUGAGAAGCCCAGAAAAGAAAUCUAGUCUAAUAUGGCAGGAUUUGAAAAUUCAUUUCUCCAGCUGCUCUCUUCUCCUGGUAAAUGUUUGUAAUGAGGCCCUGCAAGAUACAGUGUCUAUUUUUGCAACUAUAUAGAAUCCAGAGAUUGAUGUGUUGUGAUUGCAAGGCACACAUGGCACUUUCCACUGUUAAAGGAAACCUGUAAAGAUAACGAUUGCCCCUACAAUCUAGGAAAGGCACAUUCUUUUGUUUUAUCUAGGUCUCUGAAAUUUCCUUUUAUCUGU